AGAUCGCAAGAGCAGGGAGGGAGUGUUCAAAAGCUGCAUCGCUGAUAUCGUGCAUGAGCGUGUGCUGCUCAUGGGCCCUGGUCGCGGUGGAAAGACGGGACUGGCGAGGUCUCUGGCAGAGAAGGAGUUCAAAAAGACCGCAAGCACGCUAGGCAUCGACAUGGACAAGCUGACGUUCUUCUUGGACGAGAGUGAGGAAGGUGCGUACAAAUUGAAGCCAACAAAUGCGGCAGACCAUCUAGCCCAGUUGGCUGCUUCAAUUGUCAACACAGUUAUGCGCACUGAAGCUCAUUACUCUCGGCAAGGAAAUGUCAGCGGCGCAAGCGCUAACCCUAACCAGGCAGCUGGAGCAGUUCGCACAGCUUUGAGCAAGUUUUUCAAGCGCCUGGAUGAGGCUCGUGGUUUGGAUGAGGACACCAUACACAUCGAUGUGUGGGAUUUGGCAGGGCAGAUGCCAUUCCACGCAUUGCAUGACCUGGUGUUCUCACCCGAGCGCACCACGUACUGCGUCGUCUUCAAUGCCAGCAUCGAACUGGGUACACCGUAUGCGGAUAUCCUGACUGAUGAAGAUGGCGAGGACAAUCAGCUCAACAUCGACCAACCCACCUGUACCUACUUUGAUGUCAUCGACUCAUGGCUAUGUACAGCCCGCGAAGCAAUCACAGACAACGCCACUGCACCGAUCUACCUCAUUGGUACGCACCUGGAUGGCAUGACUGAAGAAGAUGUUCGCAAGCGAAGGAGACAACUCCAACAACUAGCUGACAACAAGAAGUACACUGACAGCAUUGAGCGAGUCAUCUUCGUUGACAACACUCUGUCUGGCUCAAAGGUUGACCCAGGAGUUGCAAAGUUGCGUGAAGAGCUGGCGGGCGUAAUUCGAUUCCGUCGCAGAGAGAAGCUGCCAAUCUCGUGGUUGCCAUUCCCAGAGGUACUAGAGGCGAUUGCACAGGAGACGUCAUCGUUCAUCAUGAGCUAUGACAGGGUAUGCAGCAUCGCUCAGGAUGCAUGCGGUGAUGCUGACGUGGAUGUGCCCAGUCUGUUGAGACUGAACCAAUCACUCGGCCAUCUCAUUGUCUUUGAUGAUGAGGGUAGCCACUUCCCAUCUACUUCAGCCACUGUGCCACCUGACGGCCUGCCAACCGCAUCAACAGCAGCACAAGCAGCACCAGUGGAGGCAGAAGCACCAGCAGCACAGCCAGCAGCCCCUGAAGCAGCGGCGGCAGCCAAGAGAGAUGAAGCCGUACUCACGUCCCGACGUCAGCCACAAGCUAGCGCAGCAGGAGUAGCAGCUGCAGCACUAGAGCAGAAACAAGUUCUAGCCAGCACUCCAUGGCUGAUGUUGGCAUCCAAGGCUGUCCUUUUGCCAGCACCGUCGCUGUUCAAGCAAGCUCGUGGGUUCAGGAAGCAGUAUAGGCUGCUGAAGGAUGGCAUUCUGUGCGAGUCACUAGCGAUUCACAGAUGGGAGCAGGAGAAGGCCACAAGAGGUCUGGUGCAAUCUCAGGAGCAGCGCCGGAGUCUCUUUUCACUGCUAGCUUCGCAUGGCGUAGUCUAUGAUGCAGAUGAGGAUGAUCCAUUUGUUACAGGGUGUAAAGUGUAUUAUGUGCCAGCACUUGCCCAGUGUAAGCCGUCACAAGCGCUAGAGUCCAAAUCAGCGUCGCUCUACCUGGUUGGCAAAGAUCCAGAAAGGAGCAUCACCCAAGCGCAUUUUGCCCGGAUCACCGUGCGAUGCUUGCAGAAGUACCGACCGCACGGGACGAAGGAUUUGCGCAUGGGCCUCAACGUGUCAAUGAGAUGCCAGAAUGAGUUUCAGCUUCAGCUCUCCUAUUCUUCCACCGCCAUUCGCAUCACAGUCGACACCGACAAGAGGGAGAAGACAAUAGAUCACUGUGUGUCUGUUGCCCGCUUUCUUCUCGGUGCCAUCGGAGAGCUGCAGCAGCUGUAUGGCCAGCGCCUGUUGCUCCUCCAUCCCAGCAUAGCGUGCCUGUGCCGUCACGACAGGCCAUGCCAGCUGCACACCCAGCCCCACUGCCAGAGCACCGGGUGCCAGCACUUUGCAACGAUCGGUAUGGACGUCCGACCAAUCCUCUGCGAGCGGCAGCUGGCACAAGUUGACCUGUCAACGUGGGACAGAUGGAUCAAGCCGUUCUACCCGACGUGCGAUGUUGCUGACUUGUGUCGCUUAGUUGAUGAAGGCACUGCCGGAAUGGAUGAUGGUGUCAAUCCUUGGUGUGAUGAUCGCUACAAGAGAUGGCAUCAGUGGUUCGUGGAAACACUGGAACCACAGUCGACUCGACUGGCAGCGAUUUCAAAGGGGCUGAUCACAGAGGCUCUCUACAAAAGGCUGAUGGAUACCAAUCUUCGAGCUGAUCACAAUGAGCAAUUGCUAUGGGCUGCUUCUGGUGGUGGACGUAGGACAUUCAAGCUGUUCCUCGGGGUCCUUGCCGACCUUGGCUACAACUUUGUGGAAGUGCGAACCAAGCUGCAAGUGCUAGUGUCGCCUGACACUGACAGCACUGCUGCCACAUACAGUGUGAUCGCUGAUGGAGAAUCAAGUCCGCAGGUGUCUACGCUUCAGUUCAUCCCAGUAGUCUCAGUGACAGAGUCCGGGAGAAUGCUGGAGGACAUCGAUGAUCAGGUCAGCUUCUGCAGCCAGCUGAAUGAGAUCUUCAGCAAGGAAGAACGAGAUGAUCUGGCGUGUUCGAUUGUGGAGGAAGUAACUGGAAGCAGUGAGAACUCUGAGAAACUGAUCAUCGACUCAUUCCGCCGCCGUCAAGAUGCACCUGAUUACCGUGAUGCUAAGGCUAUUCUUCACUACUGGAUGAGUAAGCGGACUGCCCCACCAUGCACGAGUGAUCUGAUCAAGCUCACGCGCGCCGUCUGUCCGUUGCGUCUUUCCAAAAUCAAGGCGUUGUUCGGUAGCUCUGCCAAGUCAUCCGACUGACUCGACUUGCUGAUACCACCACUUACGCUGUGUGUGUCUCAGAUGGACGUCAGAAAGGCGUGCGUAGGGUUGUUGUACAUAGCACCUCGGAUCACCAGUGGCCGCAGGUUUAGUUCCGCCAAACAUGCCAUGUGAUAAUGCUGUACUUGGUUCCAUUCCGCCUUUUCUUCUUUGUUUUCUGCCCUCCUAUUACGUAUAUUGAUUCUCCAAUUCAUUCUCCAAUUCAUUCUCCAAUUCAUUUUCCAAGGUAUCCUUCUAUGCAGAUUAGUAUGCUGAUUACAGCUUUAGUUCUGGAUUGUUCUUUUUAAAACUACUGUCGCUUUGUUUAGCUAUAUUUCUUGUUUAACUCCAUUUCUUGUUUAGCUUUAUUUCUUGUUUAACUCCAUUUGUUGUUUAGCUCUAUUUCUUCUUUAGCUCUAUUUCUUGUUUACUUCAAAAUUGGCUAUAUUUCUUGUUCUUGAUACUAUUAGUAUAUGUAGGUCAUUCCGAUCUCAAGGCAGGGAAUAUGCUUGCUGCGUGUUUCCCAUUUCCACAUGGCAUUUUGAAUGCACCCUGCUGUAUUGCACAAAACAAUACAUGUCUGCUCCCCCCACCUUCCCCCCCCCCCCCCCCACCUCUCCUCGCCCGGGCCCUGCCCAGUGUCCAGAGUAGGGUGCGUACUCUGCCCCCCCCCCCCACCCCUUUCCUCUCCCCUCCCCGCCCUGCCCAGUGUCCAUUGUACAUUUACAUGUAUUUGUGCAUUCUCAGGUCUCCCCCCCCCCCACCCCCACCGUUAUCCCCCCCCCCACCGAUAUCCCUCCCCUACACAGCCACUGAUGCCUUGCUGAUGCUCAGCUACUUGCUCUUCCUUUUCAAUUGAAUUUAUAUGAAUAGACUUGCUCGACUUUCUUGCACGCUGCUGGAUCACACUGUCACUGCUUCUCACUUUUCUAGUUCUGAGUCCAGCAUAGUUUCGCACUUGUUCUGCAGCCGUAUCGCUCCCCUACGUCCGCCAUUUUGCCGUUUACCGUGACUGCUGUGUCCAGUGCACGUUGCAUAGUGUCGUUUUCACCUGCCAGACCCACAGCUGCUGCAAUAGCUCACCCAAGCAUGGUAGCAAGUUACUAUCAACGCUAACAUACUCUUAGAUACAUGAUUUGCACUACUAUCUUUUUCUGCCUCUUCUCUAGAUCUGCCACCUCCUCCUCCCCCCCCCCCCCCUCACCCUGCUUCAGCCUAUCCCGUUCGCUAUGUACAUGUACAUGUGUCUGCCCAAGCUCGUUCCCAGUUUUCUCGUUGUGGCACUGCUUUCCUGUAUUGCCUCGGGCAUGAAAUCUACAAUAUGUACAAUAUGUACAUGCAGAUAUGCAACACUGAUUCUUAUUGAUUGCAUACGUUUUGACCACCUAUGUCAAGGAAUCGCCACCUUUGGAGGCUCGGAGCUCA